GCUAAUGUUGUCCCGAUGAGUGGCAACCGACAGUGUGCGCACAUCAGACGCAGCAGUGACGCCCCGACAAGAGAAAAGCCUCGCCCAGUUUGUAUGUGUCCUUGUGAUUACAGUAAUUCGGCUUGUUCGGAGGGGAAAUCGACCAUCAAUACCCGGGACAUGUUGCUCGCAUUCCUUUUGCUUCAAUGCUUCCUCUGCGGGUCAUUUGCCGCACAGCAUGAAGUGUGCUAUGGUGGAACUUUUCACUUUCCCUAUGAUUAUUCACCACGUGGACUCAGUGGGAAGCUUUACUUCUCUCCGAAGAAUGGUGAAGGCAGGAGACUAGUGUUUGAAAAUGGCAAGGCAAUGGAUCCACGUUUCAAGGUUACCUUUGGAAGUCUUUCUCUGCAACACGUGACAGAAAAAGACAAUGGAUACUUCUCACCUUCAUCUAGCUAUUUUCUUGAUAGGAUCACAUUGAAAGUUUUAGAAUGUGCUGAUGCGGUGCAGCGGUAUUACCACAGCCAGUAUCGUGUCAAUAUUCCCAGUAAUGCAGAAAUCCUGGAAUUCUCCACGUUUGACAACUCCGACCUAGUAAUCCUGUGGAAUCGCACUCAGUCCAGUGGUGCAUCCAGGGGCCAGGUGAAGCAAAAUUACUGGGAAAUGUCAGACAUUACGCAAGCUGACAACGGCUACUACAAUUUCCGCAAAAAAGACUACACUUUGUUGACAAGGAAAAAACUUACAGUCACAGAGUACACAACUAACUAUCAGCCCAAGGAGGGCACACACUUCACCAUGCGAUUCCCUGUGAGCUUUAAACCGUGGGACAUCACCUUCAAACCGAGGACGGGCGAGUCGGAUCCUAUAAGAGUGAUGCGCUCUGGACGUUUGACCAAUGAUGACUAUUUUGAGGACCGAUUUGUCUUGGAGGGCCGGAACCUAGAAAUACUUUCUGUAAAAGUAGAAGAUUCUGGCAUCUAUGAGCUCCGGGACAACAAUGGGUACUUAGUGUUUGUGGGCAACGUGGCGGUAGAAGAAGGUGAGACGCAGUGCAUUUUACCAUUGAGAAAUAUAUCUUGAUUCGGUUACUAUGGCUUCUAACUCACUCGUCAUCUCUGCUUUCACAGUACAUACCCCUGCGUAUGUUUAUGUCAUCCUUUUUGCUGCCAUUGUUGCUGCCUUUGCUAUCUGCUGUUGCUGCAUAAAAAGAUGCUGUUGCAAAAAGAGUGCUCCCAAAACAAACACUCCUCAAACAAGUCAAGCAGCAGCAGCGGCACCUGCUGUCUAUUACCAUGGCACAAAUCAACCCACAGGACCAAGUUACUCAGCGGCACCACCCCCUGGAACUUACUCCUAUCAGCCUGUGAAUCCUGUUCUCUCAAGGGGACCUUCUUCUGCACCUGCACCCACCUCCGUCGGGCCACCUUGACUUAACAUGCUGUUUCACUGUCAGGCUUACAACAGUGUGGAUAUCCAUCCUGAUUCGAACCCGACACAGCAUGAGGCCGUUGUUUCCACUGGGCACAACGUGGCACCAGCUCCAUCCCUGGCAUUUGAUUGUUCCUCCUCGGACUCUGAUCCAAAGUUCAAGCUCAAAGGGCUGCGCUUUUUCUCCGACCUUCCACUCACCUCUGACUCCACUUUUUCCAGUGUUUACACCUCUGACAAACUCAACUUCUAAGGGGGUGCACAACUACAGCUACACUGCAGGUGCAAAUCACAAGGUGCAUGUUGGCUGUGAGACAAAGAAAACAUCAGCACCUGUGUGCGUUGUGGAGGGGUUGGAAAGGGGGGGUUCUAUCUUUCAAUAGAGAAACGUGCAGUGUCAUCAGUAUUGAUUUAUUUUGUGAUGCUUUUGCUGGCAUUUACAGUUUGUUUAAUGAACUUAUAGAGUUCAUCAUAUACAGUGGUGUUUAACUGAAAAAAAUAAUUGUGGCGUAGCAUGUGUGGCCAAAAGUAGAAAAAAUGGGCAAGUUAAUUUGACUCCAUUCGAUCUGGGUAAAAUAAUGCUGCCUUAAUUAAGUACAGUGUUUGUCUAGCACCGAUGUAGCUCAACGCAGUAUGGCAAACUUCGUUGUGUAGAGACAGCUACAUUUCUCGAAAGCUUGACAAUACGAUUAACGACCAAUUGCACAAAAUCGAUACAAUUCGAUACAAUCACUUAUAAUGUGCGUCUUUUAUGUUAUGUGUUGUGUUUAUUAUUUUACUUUAUGUUAACUGUUUUGUAAAGCGCUUUGUUACAGCUGCCACUGUUGUGAAAGCGCUAUAUAAAUCAGCAUGUAUUGUAUUGUCUUCAUGAAAUGUUUUGAGGUGCCUGAAAAUCUAGUAAUUGCUUGCGUUUUGGAUGCCAGGUGCGCCCUUGCACUCAGAAAUAACUACCAAUGAAAAAUUGUCGUAUGACAUCUCUGAUCGCCUUUUCCAUUUAUAACCACUUCAAACAAAAAGCCAUAUGCAGGAAUUGUUAUUACGAUUGUAUUGUCAAUGUUUUAUGUUAUGUGUUCUGUUGUUUUAUGCUAAAUGUUCUCUAAAGAGCUUUGUUACAACUGCAGCUGUUGUUAUAUAAGUAAAGAUGUAGUGUAUUGUAUAUGCCAGCCGCGCAUACUAGGCCAGGGAAAAUUCAGGGCUCGACAUGCGCACCAUUACUCCAAAGCAUGAUAUUGUCACUUAGACAUUCUGUUUACAAUUAACUGACUGCUCUGUAUUCAGUGAAAAGGAUAGAUAAUCAGCCCGUUAGCGCAAUCACCAUUGAACAUGUGCAAAUAAUCCUGAUUUAUAUAGCAUUGCCUCUCUCAGCCACUAGGGGGCUUCCAGUUCAUUCAUCCUUCCUGUUUAACAAAAAUAUGCAUGUUUUCCGAAUGUGAAAAAAAGGGGAAAAAACGAGUCCCUGGAACAAACCGCCAAGCAGGCACGGGAGGUGGGAAUGUUCAAAUUAACCACAGGAAAGUCAGAACUCAGAUUCGAACCCAAAACCUCUCGGCUGCGAGGCGGGUGUCCUUCCCACGAGAGUCACUGUGCUGGCGCUUUGUGUUCAUACAGUAAAAUGUCGAUUGUAUUCGCUACGUAAUACCACAUCGCUUGUUGCUCGAAUGUAUAACGUUCAUGUUCAAGCUAAUUGUUCUUAUGUCUCAGGUCACAUUUGCUGAGCUCAUUUUAGAAAGUGGAGCUCAUAUUGACCUCAGCACUCGGGGGACAUGCUGCACUCAGAGGUACAAAACAUUUCUAAUCGGUGUACUCUGGUUUCUGUGUGCCUUUGGCAUAAAUUAAUACUAUAUCAACUAUAUAUAUCUAGAUUUUCCCUUUGGGAAAAAAAACGAUGCUGUUACUGAUACUUUCACAUGUAUAACAACUUUGGAAACCUAUUUUUUAAAACUUAUUUUGUCAUUGUAGAACAAAUGCAAAAUGUGUAUUUUAAGAUAGUUUGAACUUUGCAAUGUUUUGAAAAAGCGAAAUCCAGACGCAUAGGACCGAUGCCGAUUAACCAAAUCAACAAUACUUGUGCCUGAUUUUACAACAAACUAUUUGAUAUUGAUUUUGUCUCAUUCAGAAUCACUUUAUGAGCCACAGAGCCUUUUAAAAGCCAUCUUGAGUUGGUAAGCAAAAAACGCUGAUUUAAGGCCUUGUGUGAAAAGCAAACACAUGACCCUAAGUUUAGGGUGAACAUACUACCUCAUGUUUAGAAACAGUUAAAAAAAAAUGUUUUUAAGUUUUUUUCCCCCUUUGUAAUUAAUCAGAACCAAAACUCAGACCAAGCUGCCUCAUAACUAAUAAAUGUCGCAGACACACCCAUUCAUGUUGCAUGUGCAGCCUUUUGUGUCAUUAAAUUCUGCUUUUUGCUCUUAUACCGUUUGAUGCAAUUGUCUGUUGACGCACUUAAGAUAUCUAGCUUGUGCCCUGUUAUUUGCUGGAAAUUGUUUGAUAAAAACAUGUUUCACAGCAAAACGUGUAUCUAACAAGAUGUGCAUUAAAGCUACUAACUCAUG